AUGGCAGCUACUGAAGAAGCACUUGCUCUAACAGAACCUCGUGAAAACGCUUUCUUGAAACUACAUAUGAAUACCAAAAAACUUCUGUUUGAGAUCGAGAAGUCACUUAGUCAGUUUGGCGCAGUAUCCGGUUCAACAACGUUUCCAGGACAGUGUGUUAUAGAUCUGCUGGAUACAUCCGGUGUAUGUACGGAAACCCAUCUAAUGUUGACAACAUACGAUGUUAGCGGUAAACGCCGAAAUAAUGGUGGUGACCCAGUAAGAGUAGAAGUUGUGAAGGCGAAAUUGGGACGGCAAACUUCAGGUGUUGAUGAAAAAGUUGAAAUAAUUGAUGCAACAAUAAAAGAUGAAGAGGAUGGAACGUACUCCAUUUGUUUCAAAGCUUACGAACCAUGUGAAUACUUGAUUUGUGUAACGAUUUUUGGUCGGCCAGUAAAAAAUAGCCCUUUUUCCGUAAAUAUAAGUAGCCAUCAUUGCCCAAAAUGGCAUUUCGGGUCUCAUGGAGCAGGACCACUUCAGCUGAAUCAGCCAGUAAAAGUAUUUCAGGAUAUAAGGGAACAAAUUUAUAUUCUGGAUACUGGCAAUAAUCGAAUAAAAGUUCUGAAUGUAAACGGAGAAUUUCUGAGGGAUAUGAAAGGUGAGGGAAUCAAAGGUGGUAGUACCAUUGGCAUGUCAGUUUUACAGUCCGGUGAUAUUUUAACCUUAAAUUGGAGAACCAAGGAAUUAUAUAGAUCUGAUUCUUCUGGAGAACUUCUUCAGACCAUGAGUUUUACCGAAUUUGCUGAACCUGUUGAUCUUUGUGUUGAUACCCAUGGACGAUACAUAAUUGCUGAUACCGCGUGUGCUAAGGUGUUUGUUUUUGAUAGUGCAUUUCGUCCACUGUUCAGCUUUAGCGUGACAACUCACGCAGGCCUGUCCCCCAUAACAUGUGUUUGUAUAGGUCUUAAUGAUGAUAUUCUUGUGGGUACCUGUACUGCUCUACUGUUAUAUGACGGAGGAGGCCGUUUUAUGCGUGAAAUAUCGUUAUCCUCAACCACACAUCCUGUCCGAAUUAUGGUUCUAGCAUGUUGUGUGUGUCCCCUAACGGGCAACAUUGUUUCGGCCGUCGUGGAUUCAAAGAAAAAUCGAGCCUACCUCGUUGUCUGCCAGUAUAAGGGUAAUUUCUUAUUUUCUAUGGAUAGUUAUGGAUCACGUCUGAAACGUCCCUGUGGUGUUUUCAUUGCUUCCACACUUAAGUGGAAUGGAAUGUGUUUUGUUGUUGACUCAGCCACCCACUCUGUAAAGGCUUUUCGUUAUAAAUAG